CCGUUCUCGGCCUUCAAAGGAAACACCCCCAAACCAAACUCCACCCACACCGAAAACCUCCUCCUACAAAUCUCCACCGCAGGAGCUUGCUUUGUCCGCCACAAUCGCUUGCAAUUGCAAUUGCUUCUGCUUCAGCUUCAGCUUCAUCCACAAUCCCAUUCACACUCUUUAUUGUUGAAUCUCAAUCCUGAUCACCAAACUUCUCCCACUUCCAAACGAAGCCCUUUGCUUCUUUCGCCUUCUCACAGUACAAUCAAAAACUCAACAAUCUCCAACACCGCCACUUCCAUUCCCACUCCACCCACAUAUCCAACACCAUGAAUUACGAUAGAGAAGACACCCAAAACUCGGCUCCGGGCAGCUUGCCCGCCGCUCAAGCAACCAAAUUAGCAGCACCAAAAAAGGGCUCUGAUGCCCAAAGUACAACCAAACGGUAUAGUAGCUCCUCCAGAUUUGAGUACGGUAGUAUUCUAACACCAAAUAGCCUUCAAACCGAAUUAAUGCAGCUCAUGACCUCCCCUGCCCCAGGAAUUUCCGCCUUCCCUUCCGCAGACGGUAACCUCCUCUCUUGGACCGCAACCAUUGAGGGCCCAGACGAUACUCCCUACGCAAACCUCACCUUCAAACUCUCCUUUGCCUUCCCAUCAAAUUACCCCUACGCACCUCCCACCGUCCUCUUCAAGACUCCUAUCUACCACCCUAACGUCGACUUCUCGGGUCGUAUCUGCUUGGAUAUCUUGAAAGAUAAAUGGACUGCGGCGUACAACAUUCAAACCGUUUUGCUGAGUUUGCAAAGCUUGCUUGGCGAGCCUAAUAAGUAUGAUCUCCACCCCUCUCAUAUUAUAAUUAUAUUCUAAUAGAUACAGUGCAUCGCCCUUGAAUGGUGAGGCAGCAGAGUUAUGGGACAAGGAUCCAGAGGAAUUCAAGCGAAAGGUUCUUGCGAGACACCAGGAUAUCGACGAUGAAUAAACUUCACGAUUCGAUUUCUGGCAUAUGAUAAACGAUUGGUUUGAGGGGCGUAUUACGGAAAGUGUGCAUAGCAAGCGAAAUGGAGGGAGGGUUAUACACCUUUCCAUUAUACCAUCAGCAGCAGGAGUCUUUGUUUCGCGCAUCAGCAAUAUUGGAAGCGGGAAAGGCGUCACAUGGGCCAAUGAACGGCUGUAUUCUUAAAUGAUUGCAUACGAGAUUCAUCGGCUGGUUAUGAAACCGAGAUACGAUACAGUACUUGGAUUCAUUGAAUUUCUGGUGUGUGUGUGUGUGUGUGUUUUCAGGGAUAAAUGACAAUAUUAAUUUGGCUCCUUGAGAUUUUUG